GCGCGCCCGCCCGCCGGGCCCUGUGCGCUGCGGCGCGUGCGCGAGCGGUGCAGCACCGGCCGCGGGAGCAGGGAGUAUUAUGGGCUGUGGGUGCCGCUGAGCAAGAUGGAGCUGUCUGCAGUGGGCGAGCGGGUCUUUGCGGCCGAAUCCAUCAUCAAACGGCGGAUCCGAAAGGGACGUAUCGAGUACCUGGUGAAAUGGAAGGGGUGGGCCAUUAAGUACAGCACUUGGGAGCCCGAGGAGAACAUCCUGGACUCGCGGCUCAUUGCAGCCUUCGAGCAAAAGGAGAGGGAGCGUGAGCUGUAUGGGCCCAAGAAGAGGGGACCCAAACCCAAAACUUUCCUCCUAAAGGCGCGGGCCCAGGCCGAGGCCCUCCGCAUCAGCGAUGUUCAUUUCUCAGUCAAGCCGAGCGCCAGCGCCUCCUCACCCAAGCUGCACUCCAGCGCAGCCGUGCACCGUCUCAAGAAGGACAUCCGCCGCUGCCACCGCAUGUCCCGCCGCCCGCUGCCCCGGCCAGACCCCCAGGGGGGCAGCCCUGGCCUGCGCCCACCCAUCUCGCCUUUCUCUGAGACCGUGCGCAUUAUCAACCGCAAGGCAAAGCCUCGGGAGCCUAAGCGGAACCGCAUUAUCCUGAACCUGAAAGUCAUUGAUAAGGGCACGGGUGGAGGUGGCACUGGGCAGGGGACUGGGAGCCUCGCCCGCCCCAAAGUGCCCUCGAGGAACCGCGUCAUCGGCAAGAGCAAGAAGUUCAGCGACAGCGUCCUGCGUACGCAGAUCCGCCACAUGAAGUUCGGCGCGUUCGCGCUGUACAAUAAGCCUCCGCCGGGCCCUGUGUCGCCUCCACCCGCCGGCAAGGCCGACAUUGCUGCCUCCACAGCCCCGGGUCUGCUCCUGGCGGCCCCCACGGCCCCCUACGAUGCCCAAAGCUCCAGUUCCUCCGGCUGCCCUUCACCAGCGCCGCAGUCCUCCUCCGACCCGGACGAUGCGCCCCCCAAGCUGCUCCCGGAGACCAUGAGCCCAUCUGCCCCCAACUGGCGGGAGCCCGAGGUGCUUGACCUAUCCAUUUCUCCCGAGUCGGCAGCCACCAGCAAGCGGGCACCCACCGACGUCACUGCUGCUGCCAGCCAGGCACUUCUCACAGCCCCUGAGCCUGCUAGCACCUCCUCAGAGCCCGAGGCUGGGGACUGGCGCCCCGAAAUGUCACCCUGCUCCAAUGUGGUUGUCACAGAUGUCACCAGCAACCUCCUGACGGUCACUAUCAAGGAAUUCUGCAACCCUGAAGAUUUCGAGAAGGUGGCUGCUGGGGUAGCAGGUGCCGCAGGGGGCGGUGGCAGCUGUGGGGUGAGCAAGUGAGGGGGCUCCACCAAGGAGAGGACUUUGGGGGGAGCCCUCCUGCCCAAAGUCAUACUCUUGUUCCCUCCCCCUCCCUGCGACACUUCUGCCUGUGCUUUGCUUGUUUCAAAUGGCUCAGUGUUGACCCUGGGAUGGGGUUGGGCAGUUGGAGUCCCCUGAAGCCCAGUGGGGGUCAGUCCUGGACCAGUUUAGGGCUGAGGUGGGGCAAGGGCACUGGGAAGUCCUCCCUCUUGUCUCUUGGCACCCUCCCUGCCCAUGCAUAGUGGGGCCCACUGGGUGACUCCUGGGGAGCCCCAGAACCUGGGGUUCAGCUGCCCCCUCCACAUCCCACCCUGUCCCCAGCUUGCUUCCAGCUCUCAUGCACAGCAUCUGAUUUCUCGGUGCUAACCCGGCAGCUGCAGGGCCCCUUAGGAGAGCCCUCCCAGUGUGGGCACCGUGUCUUUCCUUCUUCCAGUUGCCUGAGCAGGAGGGGCAGGGAUGGCAGAGCCCAGAGGCAUGGGUCUCACCACCCACUUUUGGGAGAGACCCAAGCAGGCCCCCUUAGACUCUACCCUAUCCCAUCUCUUUAUUAAUCCCUGUCUGGAAGGUAGAGGGAACUGGCAGGGACCUCAACCUGCCACAGCCUCCCAGCAUCUAAAGGCCCCUUCAGUUCUCGACCAAAGGUGCUAGAAGAAUCUGCUGUGAAAACUUCCAGCUGUGCGUGUGCGUCUGCAGCCCCUUGGUGUGUUUGUAUGUGAAUCCAUAUGUGCAUUGGGCACUGGGUCCAGGCGACACCAUUUAGGGUUCCUCAGAAUAGGGUUGUCAGAGGCCUGGACCUCCCCUUGUGGUCAGCUGGGCCUGUGGAGGACACCAGGCCGAUCCCUGACCUGGGUGGGUCUGAGGGUUUCACUGUGCAGACUGCCAGGCCUAUGCUCCCAGCCCAGGUAUGCUGGGGGCAUGCACCCCCACACCCUUCUCCUUUAGGGUGGUCAGCCCAACCAGCUGGGCCUCAGUAGUUGCACACGUGGUAUGGUAGAGACUGAGGUAGGGAAGGGAGACCCCCACCCCAAGCUUCCCCUUCCUCCUGGGUGUUUUGUGGGAAGGAGGACGGCUGGAAACUAUUCCCAAGGGUCUCCGGCUUCUCUCGUCCCCUCUCUUUUGCUUCUGACCGCUGAGGUUUUCUCACAGCCCAGCCUGCUCGAAGCCGUGGGAGGCCUCAGGUGCCCUGGGCAGCUUCUCUUUCCCUAUGCUGCCACGGAGCUGAGGCCUCCAUGCCAGUGGCAGAGACCAAAGCCCCAAUUUUAGGCCGGGCACUGGGAGCGUAGGCAGGCCCAAGUGGAGGGGACGGAGAGGAGGAGUGAGGACCAGCAGGGCCCGGGGCCUGGUGCACUGUGGGAGGCAGCCUUCGGAGGCAGUCCUAGGCCACUGUCCGGCUCGGUUUGGCAUGAGUGGCGUGUCCCUGUGCAAGGCUCAGCGUAGCCCCCUGGUAUAUGCAGCAACAGGUGUCUAAGCUCACGCGUGAUGGCAGAAGGUGAGAGGAGGCAGAAAGGGAUCCAACUAGGGGAAAAACGCCUUUGUCCUAAGUGUGGGAGGACUCUUUCUUCCAAACCUCCCCACCAUGGGCUGCAGCCUGGCCCCUGGCCCUCCGCACCCCAGGAUGUAGAACAAGGGCCCUCACAGGGUUUGGGGGGCUGGCACUCCUGGACCCCUCCCCGCCUUCCCUUUGUGUUGGCUCUGGCCAUCCAAGUGCCAAUUGGCUUCCCCCCCAAAUAAGGGCUGGUACUUCUCCUCUGUCCUUAGAGGUGAUUUCCCCCCUGACUCCCCUUACCCAAGGUGAACGACCACCUGGGUUCCAGUUACAGGUGUUUCCAGAGACCAUAGAAAUGUGUUUUCCUGAGAGUCCGUGUCAUUCGUGACUUUUUUUGUAAAGAAGUUGUGUUUUCAGAGGUGAUUUUAUGACAGGAAAGUGAAAGAAUUAGUUUUGCAAAAAACAAAAAACAAAAAAAGAGGAAAAAAAAGAAAUAGAAAAAAAUAUUGUGGGAUUCCUAUAGGGUUGGGGGGGCGGGGAGAAAGAGAUAUUUAAAGAAAAACUAGUAACGCAGUGAUUGCACAGGUGAGGUGGCAAUGUUAGGAACAGGGAUGGAGGCACAGGCAGGGCUGGCGGGUCCCCGGGGUUGUGGCCAACUGCCUGCCUGUCUUGGUGUGGGGCAGUGAGCCCCUCCCUCCUGUCCGGGGCCCACCCUCCACACCUAUCCUCACUCAAAGGAAAGGAUGACAGCUGGUCCACAGGGAACUAGCCAGAAGCUGCAGGGGCCAAGCAAAUGGAGCUGAGAUUUGGGGAGGCGGUGGUCAGCGGGGGUCCCACCAUCACUGGGACCCAUUGUUGGUGACUCCAGGAAAGCUGGUAAGUGCAGUUGGGUUUCUUGCUCUCCUCCGUUCCUUUGCCAGCUUUUUGGGCCACCUGGUCCCUACCACCGCCACCCCAUUGAGGGUGGGAUGGGGCCUUCUGCCUCCCCACCACCCCAAAGACCAUGUCACCCCUGAGCUUCCCUGGCCAGAUAGGGGAUGCAGGCAUCAGGAAGACAGGAGUUGUGGACUCUGGGAGAAUCUUAGGUGGUGACCCUAAGGGAUUGGGGGUAACCGUGGGGAGAAGGGGAUGCCUGCCCCCUUUCUUUCCACCGGCGGGCAGGUUCCUGCCCCUGACCCCCAGACACGCAACCCCACCCUGCCUCGGCGCAUGCAGAGGCACGCAUGCGCAGUGCUUCGAGUCAGGCAUCUCCCCUGGGGGCCUGAGUGGGCACAGGGUCAAGAGCAAGCAGAGCCCUCCUUACCUCUCUCCCAGAGUGGCUUGGAGUGGGGGCUCAGGAGCCCCCACACACACUCUUGCACGGAUCAGCCUCCCGUGGGCCCUUCCCUUGCUGCUUUUCCGUUUGCCUAAUUACCAAGCAGAAGUUGCAGUCUGGUUUGCUUUAUUUUUAUAUGUGAAAUACCCCCCACAGCCCAAUCUCCCAUGUUCACUAUUGGUUGGGGCAUCGUUCAUUCCCCACCAGUGCCCCACCUCCCCCCGCAUGGCAUAGGAAACAGGUGAGGUCUGGUGUCUCUGGUUUGAGAUGGGAAGUUGGGACCCGUCCCUGUCUUGUUCCCCUCUCUGACCCUCAGUUUGCCCUCUGAAAUGGGCGUAUUGGGCAGCGAGUCCUCUUUGUAAAGCACUGCUGGUGUCCAGGCAGCUGCCAAGGAUUAGGUAGGUGGUGGUCGAGGCUGGCACUGGAUGCCCAGCCUCCCACAGGCCCCUUUUGUUUUCACCCCGAAAAAGGUCAAACAAGCUCCAUCUUCGCUGCUCUGGAAAGAGGUGAUGACCAAGCCCCCAGCCUCAGUGUGAAGUGGGCAGAGUGGGAGGGAUCAACCCAUUUAAAAGACAAGGGUACGGGCCCCAAGAAGCAGAGCUGUUUCCCUGGGGUGAAGAGCCCAGCUGCUCUGGCCUUUGGCCUUUCUAAAGCCCCUUUCAAAGGUGGGGCCUGGGCCCUGGGGCCACCACAAAGCUGGCAGACUACCCCUGAGCCAGGCGGUCCUAGGUGAGGGGUCAACCAGAGUAGGAAACAGCUGGGUGGGGGAGGUGAGGGGGGGCACUGCCAGCCUUUCUAGCCUCUGUGGGGACCCAAGUGGACGCACUGCCUUUCCCACCUUUUGGAGUUUUGAGGGGGCUUGUGGGUUUAUUUUGUUGUUCUUUUGGUUGGGUUUUUUUUUUUUUUUGCACUUGGCCCACGCCGGACAGUGGAGCCCUGCCUCAGUGGUUCCACUUUCGGGCUCCCAUGCACUAGCCCAAGGCAGCCUCUUGGGGGCUUGUAUGGUUUAAGGAAUCACUUUUAAAAAGGAAAGUGUUUAAAGGAUUUUGUUUUUUUCUCUACAUCUCCUCUCAGAUUCAGAAAGCCCAGAAUUAGGGGCUAAAAUUCCAGGAGAGUGUCUCCCCAGCCUGACCCCAUCUUACUGACAGUCACCAAGAUGCCAGGUGGGGACUGAGAAUUCCACCUCCCAGGCCUGCAGGUUCCCCCCACCCCACCCCACCUUGAAGGAGUCAGCACCCCACUCCAACAGUGACUGAGUGCCUACUGUGUGCAGCGCUUCCACUAAGCAAAGGGGGCUGAUGGUCUAACUGGGGACCCUUCGUUAGAGGCCACGGUGGAAGGAGCAAGUUCUGGGACCCGCCCCUGCUCUUGGCGGGAUUGGAGAUUGAGACUUCUUUUUGUUGGUUUUAAUUUAAAAACACAAAGGCCUAAAGAAAUGUAUCUUAUAAUUUUUUUAAUUUUUGAAAAGCUCAUUUAAUGAAUUGUGCACGAAUGAAUUCUAUAUAUAUAAAAUAUACAUAUAUAGCUCUAUAUUUGGGGAGGGCACUGUCUCUUUUUUCUCUCUCAUUUUAAAAAUGAAGUGUUGUUGCCUUUGUCUGUGGUUCAACCAUCCAGCUCCCAGCUGGCUAAACUUUGCCUCCAGUGGUUAAAGGUAGGAAACUCGUGGGAUGGGCAGGAGACCAGAGGUGGACAUGUUGCCCCAGUGUGAGGGGGACCCGUCCGCCUGCCCCUGUCCCAGAGGCUGCAGGUAGAGAAGACGGCUUGUUUUUAGGUGUGGGUUUUGGUUCUGUUCUGGAUUCGGUUUCUGGUCCGGGGAAGGGGGUUUUGUGCCGAUUACUCGUCUUGUACGUUUUGUUCUGCUGCUCUUCAAUAUUGUAUCAAUGCCAGGAAGGGGGAGUGAAAAGCUUUUGCCCCCCCAAAUAAAUUGUCACAUUCCGAAGCUCA